AUGGCAAGGAUUAACCGAGGGCAUGGAGAGAAGAGAGAAGAGUCCGUGGCAGUGGCCAUAGACAAGGACAAAGGAAGUGAAAAUGCCAUCAAAUGGGCUGUUGAUCAUCUUCUCACAAGAGGCCAACCUCUCACGUUGCUGCAUGUUAAGCACACAUCCUCUUCUGAAGGAGCCGACAGCCAAGGUGGUGGUGCUCAAGCCCAAAGCCUGUUUCUUUCGUACCGUUCCUUUUGCUCCAAAAAGAAUAUAAAAUGCCAUGAAGUCGUACUCGAGGAUACUGAUAUUCCAAAAGCAAUCAUCAAUUACGUUGUCACUAGCUCGGUUGAGAUUUUGGUUCUUGGUACACCAACAAAAAGUGGCCUUUUCAGAUUCAAACUCACAGACGUUCCAAGCACAGUGUCAAAGGGGGCACCAGAUUUUUGCUCUGUUUACGUGAUUGGCAAGGGAAAGGUCUCGUACAUGCGAUGUGCUACUACUACAACACCCCAAAAAUCUGCCCCACGUAAUCAGAUACAACACCAACCCACCCCUGUUUCUGAAACCAAAUCAUCAGCAUCGGAGAGGACACAGUACUAUUCAGCUCGUAGCCCGCCAGAUGAUGACACUCAAAUCAAGUCACCAUUCACAAGAGGAAGAGCUUCAAUGGACAAAUCGUACGAGCUCUCGUCUGAUACUGAUAUAUCAUUUGUGAGUAGUGGAAGGGCAAGCAUCGAUCACAUUUCUCCUUCUUUCUAUGAUUUUGGUGCGGAAAGCAGAAGCUCCACAUCGUCAUACUCAAGAAACAGGCUUUUUGAUAUGGGGUCUCCACAAUACGAAAUCUCAUCGUGCUCGAUCGAAAGUGGAAAAUCAUCGUCACCAUCACAGAACAUGGAUGAUGUGGAAGCUGAGAUGAGGAGGCUCAAGCUAGAGCUCAAGCAAACAAUGGAGAUGUACAGUAUGGCCUGCAAGGAAGCACUGACAGCAAAACACAAGGAAAGGGAACUUAACCGGUGGAAAUUGGAAGAUGAACAAAGGUUAGAAGCGGCAAGACAUGCUGAGGAAGCUGCAUUGGCGCUUGUAGAGAGGGAGAAAGCCAAAUGUAAGGCAGCCAUCGAGGCAGCCGAAGUAUCUCAUAGGAUUGCUGAAUUGGAAGCACACAAACGGAGGGCUGCAGAAAUGAAAGCCUUUAAAGAAUCCGAAGAGAAGAAGAAGGCACUCCAAUCGAGGGCAUAUGAUCCCAGGUACAGGAAAUACACAAUUGAGGAGAUUGAGAAGGCAACGAAUGAUUUCUCGCAAGCUCGCAAGAUCGGGGAAGGAGGCUAUGGGCCAGUUUACAGAGGUGAACUGGACCACACGCCAGUGGCAAUAAAAGUUCUACGUCCAGAUGCAGCUCAAGGAAAGUCGCAGUUCAACCAGGAGGUUGAAGUAUUGAGCUGCAUACGGCAUCCAAACAUGGUUCUCCUCCUUGGAGCUUGCCCAGAGUAUGGUUGCUUGGUCUAUGAGUACAUGGCUAAUGGGAGCUUGGACGAUUGUCUGUUCCGGCGCGGUAACACCCCAGUUAUUCCUUGGCAGCUAAGGUUCCGAAUUGCUGCAGAAAUUGCGACAGGGCUUUUGUUUCUUCAUCAAGCCAAGCCAGAACCCCUUGUACACCGCGACCUAAAACCCGGCAAUAUCUUGCUAGACCAUAACUAUGUGAGCAAGAUCAGUGAUGUAGGUUUGGCUAGGCUUGUACCUCCAUCAGUAGCCGACUCUGUCACUCAGUAUCACAUGACAUCAACGGCCGGAACAUUUUGCUACAUCGACCCAGAGUAUCAGCAAACUGGCAUGCUUGGAACAAAAUCUGAUAUUUACUCACUUGGGGUCAUGCUUCUACAGCUAAUAACAGCCAAGCCACCAAUGGGGUUGACACAUCAUGUCGAACGGGCUAUUGAGAUGGGGACUUUCGCUGAGAUGCUUGACCCUGCAGUCCCUGAUUGGCCUGUUGAGGAAGCCUUGAAGUUUGCCAAGCUGUGUUUACAGUGCGCUGAAAUGAGGCGAAAAGACAGACCGGAUCUCGCCAAGGUUGUGCUACCUGAACUUAACAGAUUGAGAGCACUUACAGACGAGAUCUUGAAUUGUGUCAUGCAUGGUGCUGGUGGAGUAUUCUCCCCGAGACAACGCUCGAAUACCUCAAUACAAGAUGCCAUGAGUGGACCACAAUCUGGAUAUGAUAGCCAAAGGAGCCGUUCAAGCACAUCAUCCUGGAAAUAA